AUGAUUUCUCUUUUGAGCAUUUCCACGCUGCUCGCCCUGCCCGUCCUGCACAAAAAGAAACGUUUGAAAUUGCUUCUCGGCUGCAGCAGCACGGAGCUGCGAGUGAGCGUUAUUGCGGGGGUUGCCUUCCUCACCUCGUCCCCCGAGUGUCCCUUGGUUGCGUGUCGGUCGUCGGCGAAAUCUGCGAGAAGGGGCGAAGGUGGAGAUCUGCACUUCAGACAGACCGUUGCCUCCAAGGGCUUGGCCUCUGAUCAGAGCUCCAGUCCCCUUCAGGCUAAAAGCAAGUUGAUUAAUCUUUUGCCAAAUUGGCGAGGUGAAUUGCCUCGCGGCGGAAGCGUCCAGCCACCAAAGCUAGGGCGAGGUGAGCAACAGCAGGACUUCUGGGAACCGGUGUCAAGAGUGGAGCCAGAUCUCUCCGCUUUGGUAAUUCGGCAGGGGGCCACCCCUGUUAGCCUGAGCUUGCUCGCUAUCCAGGUUUAUGCUGCUUCUUCAGAGAAGGACACUUCCAAAAAGGAGUUACUGAAAAUUGAGGAGCUGUCGCUCUACUCCUCUCCAGCUCGUGAGACGAGAUAUGUGGAGAAUCCACAAACCCAACUGGAAGAGGAGAUUUCACAUUUACGACAUGCUAUGGAACCGUAUACAGCCUGGUGUCAGGAUCUUUAUGCCAAAGCUAUGCCCAAAUUAGAAAAAGCUGUUGAGCAUGGUAGAGAGGGCUUUGAUUUUCUGCAAAACCCCCCUGCUGGAUUUUAUCCAAGACUUGGUGUGAUAGGUUUUGCUGGAAUUGUUGGAUUGUUUCUUGCCAGAGGCUCAAAAAUAAAGAAGCUAGUGUAUCCUGCAGGUCUGAUGAGUAUUGGUGCCUCCAUGUAUUACCCUCAGCAGGCGGCUGCUAUUGCAAAGGUCGCUGGUACACAGCUGUAUGACUGGAGUCUUCAGGGAUAUAUUGCUGUAGAAUCUAUCUGGAAGGAUAAUCCUAAGAAGAAGAAAUCUGGAGAAAAAAGUGAUAAGGGUGAUGCAAAUGGUAACAAGCCCCUGGAAAUCCAUGCUGCUUCAAAGGAAGAACGAGCCCAGAAGUAGAACACCAGAUCUCUUGGCAUCAAACAGGUGAAUAAAAACCAUAGAUAUGAGCAACAGUUUCCCAAGAAAAAGAGGAAAACCAUCUGAAUCCAUUUUGAUUUUGAAUGUGACUAAUCUGCCUUCUGCCUCAGGAAAAACUGAUGGUGUGCUGCUUGGGCUUCCGGUGUGGAGCCUGUGGAAGGACACUACGCACUUUGGGUCACUCUUAAGACCUUGUCCUCAGUUCUGCAGUGGGACUCAAGUUUGCCCGUGCUUGUCCCAUUGCAGGAUCAGCACUGCAAGUAGCAAGUCUCAAAAUUCCUCGGUCUCUUGUUGUUAUUAUUUAUAUAUAAAAUAAAAUUCCGGUCACACAAAA